GCAGGCACCGCCUGGCCCCGACCAUGUCCUGUGUCCACUACAAGUUCUUCUCCAGGCUGAACUAUGAUACGGUCACCUUCAGCGGCCUCCACAUCACCCUGCGCGACCUCAAGCGCCAGAUCAUGGGCCGCGAGAAGCUGAAGGCGACCAGGAGCGACCUGCAGAUCUCCAACGCCCAGACCAAAGAAGAAUACACAGAUGAUGACGCCCUGAUUCCGAGGAACUCCUCGGUAAUUGUCAGAAGGAUCCCUGCUGGAGGAGUUAAAGCUACCAGCAGAACCUCUGUUACAAGUCGAACGGAGCCAGUGAGCGCAACACCAAAAGCAAUGGAUGACUCCUCUGCAUCUGCUUCUCUGUCCCAGCUUAUUCAGACUGCCAGUCUGGCUGAAGCCAGCGCUUCCGAAGAAGACAAAAUAAAAGCGAUGAUGAUACAGUCUUGCCGUGCAUAUGAUCCAAUCAAUUACAUGAAGAACAGCCUGGGUCUACCUCCGCCAUCAUAUACUUGCUUUCGUUGUGGAAAACCUGGCCACUAUAUAAAGAACUGCCCAACAAACGGGGACAAGACUUUUGAGCCUGUUCCCAGAAUUAGGAGGAGCACGGGCAUUCCAAGGAGUUUCAUGGUGGAGGUGAAAGAUCCCAACACAAAGGGUGCUAUGCUGACCAGCACGGGAAAAUAUGCCAUACCAAUUAUUAAUGCGGAAGCUUAUGCCAGAGGAAAGAAGGAAAAGCCUCCCUUUCUACCGGAAGAGCCGGCCUCCUCCUCCCCCUCCGAUGAGCCUAUUCCAGAUGAGCUCCUGUGUCCCCUUUGUAAAGAUAUAAUGACCGACGCAGCUGUUAUUCCCUGCUGUGGAAACAGUUAUUGUGACGAAUGUAUUAGAACAGCGUUACUGGAUUCUGAGGAUCAUACCUGCCCAACGUGUCAUCAGAGCGAUGUUUCUCCUGAUGCUUUAGCUGCCAACAAGAUCCUACGCCAGGCUGUGAACAACUUCCAAAAUGGAACUGGCUACCCUCGGCAGCAGCAGCCGCAGCAGCCGCCACCGCCACCACCUCCACCACCACUCCUGACUGUCGGGCCUCCCGCCGCGCUGGUGACGGCCGCUAACCUUUCUAAACCUUCCUCUCAGCCAAUCGGCGGGUUGUUGGAGGAGAAGGUCAUCCAGUCCAAGUCUCCCUGCAGUGCUUCAUCUUACUGUAGAAGUUCGUAUACCUACACCAAGUCAAGAUCCAGUUCUUCCCCCACUCACUCCUACUCUCGAUCAUUCAGUCGUUCCCAGUCUCGUUCCUCCCCGCGAUCGCCGCCGUAUCCAAGAAGAGGCAAAGGGAAGAGUCGUAACUAUCGCUCCAGGUCAAGGUCACGCGGCUCUCACCAUUCAAGGCUAAGGUCACCCCCGCACAGAAGAUACCAUUCACGGUCAAGGUCUCCGGUGUUUAGGGGCCAGUCUCCAACUAAACGGACUCUACCUCAAGGGGAAGGAGAAAGGGAGUGUUUUAACAGGUCCAGAGAGGUUCCACCAUAUGAUAGGAAAGCUUACGAGGGCAGAUCCCGUGACUGGAGGGAUCCAUUUGGAAAGGAAAGAUACAGAGAACGGCGAGGGAACUCUAGACACCGGAGUGAGAAGUUUUACAAGGGCUAUGCUGUUGGCUGUCAACCUCCACCUCCACAAAACAGAGAGGACUUUUCUCCAGGUAGGUUUGGUCCACCUGGCACCAGACGAGAGAAUUUGCCAUGUGCUCAGGGACGUAGGCAGGAUUAUCCUGGUGGGCAGAGGCACAGAAACCAUCAUAGAGCUGGAAAUUACCCUGAAAAACCAUGUGGAAGGGAGAGCCGUGGCAUCAAAGAUCCUGAAACAUCAAAAAAGAAAGAGGUGGAAAAACCACUGGGAGACAAGAAAGGCAAUAAAGAUAAAAAGCACCGGAAUGAAGGAUUUCCAAAUGCUGAGUUGUUGGAAGGUGCGAGAAAACCAAGAGAGGCAGCUGCAGCAGAAGGUGUUACAGCGGAGUCUGUCUUCAGGCUCCCAAGCAGAGACGAUGCCACCCCUGUGAGAAAUGAGCCUAUGGAAACAGAGUCUAGUGCUUUCAGACUGGGGUCUGAAAAGGAGGAAGAAGAGAAGGAUAAGCCAAAAGCAAAGACUGACAAGGCCAAGCGGAAAGUAGAAGUGGCUCUUCCUCCUAAGACGGACAAUACAGUAAAACCAGCUGAAGGUUCCAACGAGAAGGUGGACACGGGUGUGACAAAUGUCCUCGACUGGAACCUCCUGCGAAAAAGGCAAAGGAGGACUAGCCAAAGUCAGGCAGUGUUAAAACACCUUCCUCUUGAAAGGAUGAGGGUGUUUUGA